GGGGCCGAUCCGCUGUCCGAGAUACGGACCCAAAGCUCUCCCUAGGUGAGACAGGCUCACGUUGACCCAUCCUUCCCGCCAGCCUCUCUGAUGCUGGCCGACGGUGCACAUCCCCUAAACUAUUGAAGGCCGAAGGUAGCGCCUGAGAAGGAAAAGAAAACAGAUGGAGAUCGUCUCUCUCCUAGGUCUUGCGACCUAGCCCCUUUUUCCGUUCGCUCAUGGUUUCAGGCGUUCGAUCUUGAGUUCUUGAUGUUUGGAAGCUGCGUUUUUUUUGCUGUUCGAAGUCGGAAUCUUGUUCCCAACCUCCUUCUGUCCUUGGAUUUGAGAUUGGGCGGUUGAUCUACGUCCAGAAACGCAGGUUGGAAAUCGCGAUUUUACUGUUCAUGAUUUCGAAUUAGGGACGAUUACCUGGUUUUUUGUGCGAAUCUCUUAAAAUCGGAACUGGUUUGGGAUACCCCAUCUCAGGGCGAACCUAACCAACCAAUUUUCUCGCUGAUUGGAACACAUAACAACUGACCUGCUUCGUACGCCUUACCUGUGCGCUGUCAAUCUUCGUACGCUGAUGGCGAGGAAGAAACAGAGCUAUGGAGAGGCUUCAGAGGCGAGGGUGACCAGGUCGAUAUUCACGUUGCUGGAGAACGAAUUUCCAGCCCUUGCACCUGAACGAAAUCCUGAGGAAUGUGUUAAGGUCUUUGCUGGGAACGCAGCAGGGGAUCAAACUGCGCUGGAAGCUGCGCCUGGGUAUCCUUCUGCUGGGAAAAAGCUAACAACUGCUGCAGGUGGAAAGCUAAAUGUUGGGGAAGCUACUGCUACUAAGUCUGCUAAUCUACAAGUGCUACAAAACAAGGCUGAUGGUAUGAUGAUUACUGCCCAGCCGCAGGGGAACCCUGAAAGAAUUGCUGCAGACCUGUAUCCAGCAAAUCCAGUGAAAGCUGCUGCAGGAAAAACUGGGGAAACUGACAGUAGUAAUUGCAUGCCUAAUCUCAGUGCUGGGAAAAAUAUUGUUGCAGACCUGUGUCCAGCAAAGGCUAAUUUCCAGUGUGGUCAUGAGGUGAAGAAAACUGGUCUUGAAGUCACCCAGGCACCUCAAAUGAGUGACCAACCAGUGAUGGGAACUACUGCUCCAACCAUUGUGGAUACUGGGUACACUGGCAAUAAAGUUGGGGAGAUGAAGACUACUAAUUCUUCGCUGGGGUCAACUGAGAUACCAAACGCACCGUUGAGGGAAACUGGGGAGGAUGCUGAUGUUGUGAAAAUGACUGCCCUGGCGCAGGGAACUCCUGAACCAAAUGCCAAAACAGUGACUGCAGGGAAGGUUGGGCACACCGGCAGUGUGCAGCAUGAGACAAAAGAGGGUGAAAUGGCCACUGCCAAGCCACUGCUGGAGACUCUGGAUACUGAUAGUGGCGGAGAAGGCAGUAAGACUGCUCAACAUGCCCAACCAGUACAGACUUACGCUGGAACAAUCACAAAACAGAAGAAUUUGGUUGAAAAACCAUGGACUACUCUCUUUAAGGACAACCGAGCCCCUUCUAAUGGAAUCAAACUGAAUUUUGUGCCUCCUAAAGGUAAUACCCUGGACUUCUCUGAUAGAGUUAUGCCAUCCAUGGUUGAUAUGUGGGGAUAUUGCCUAGUUGGUUUCUUCACAGGUCGUUUUCCUGGGCUAAAAGUUGUCCAUGAGCUGAAGUUUAGGUGGGGUGUGAAGUGCCAAAUCAAGUCCCACGAUAAGGGCUGGGUGAUUUUUAAAUUCCAUACCGAUGCGGACAGAAUGAAAAUACUGAAUGAGGGACCCUAUGUCAUCUAUGACAAGCUUCUCAUGUUGAAGGUUUUAUCUGAAGACUUUACUUUUGAGGAUGAAGAGUUCCUCAAAGUGCCGAUUUGGGUUAAAUUCCCACACCUACCAAUGAAACUAUGGAAUAAAGAAGCCAUGAGUGAAGUAGCCUCUAUGGUUGGGAUGCCAAUGACUACAGACUUGAUCACCCAAGAAAGGAGCAAUCAUAGGUUUACUAGAGUGCUUAUUGAAGUGGAUGCGUCGAAACCGCCCAUUCUUUCAUUUCCUAUUCGACUACCCUCACAUAAGGUAAUUAACCAAUCGGUGGUUUAUGAAACUUUUCCAAAUUUUUGUUUUCAUUGCAAAAAAUAUGGGCACAACCCAUUUAUUUGCAAAAAAUUACAUGAAAAGGAGGAAUUGGAAAAAAAUCUACAUGAGAAGGAGGUGAACACAACAAGUGAUCUUUAUGUGGAUGAAAGUCCUACCUCUGAGCAGAUUUGCAACGAGACCAAGGAGAAGGAAACUGAUGAGUUGGGUGAGUUAGUUGAGCUUAUGGAUACGGUAGUCUGGGCUGAGGGAGCUGCAUUAGCCCAGGAACCGGUGGCGGAAUUUGUAUCAGAAGUGGCACAUAAGGAGACUGAAACCGUGGAGCUUGUGAUGGGGAUCAUGGAGGAGGUGGGAACAAGGCCUACGGCAGAAACUGCUCCGGAAUCUGCACCCCCCAUCUCACUGGGAACUACCAUGCCCACGGUGGUGCUACCUCCCAAACCACCUGUCAAGUACACUUUGAGAGUCCGUGUGGAUAAGGAUGGGAAGAAAAGCUUCGUUAGAAUAGAUUAGUAUUUAAUCAUGCAUCCAUUAUGAAAACUAUGAUUUGGUCUUUAUCUAGGGGCUUGUCCUGAUAUCUUCAUACCUAGAGUGUUUGGGUUGUUUAUAUAUAGGUUAGUUCUUCUAGCUUAGAUAGUUUGUUAUGAUUUCGUGGACACAUUGUACGAUGUUAUUUUUGGGUGUUAAUAAAAUUACCUUUCAUCCCCAAAA